AUGUCUUUGAACGACCACAACCUCGGCACUGCUAAGGGCGUUGACAUGCACCCCGGCGUCGCCAACCCCACCACCUCGAGCAUGCACACCGACCCUCUUACCUCGAACUUCGUUACGGACCCAACGACAGAGGACUUGGGUGCCGGUGCCGGCUCGAAUUUCACGGGACACGAGCAGGCUCAGCGAACCUUCAAACAGACCGCCGGUGUUAUUGAGGGUCGCCCAGGAAUCAUCGAGUCCUCGAACAUCGAUCCAUUGAACGAGAACUCGAAUAAAGAUGACGGCUGGGCCAACGCAACUCGUGAGCCUGGCGCGACUACCUCGUCAAGCACCGGCGUCGUGAAUAAUGCUAUGGGCAUGGCUUCUGGUGCUGCUACCGUUGCUGGUGGCGCGGCUCGCAUGGCUUAUGGCCAUGCGGUGGGCGACGAGACGUUGAAGGCGGCGGGUAAAGAGCAGGUGUAUGGCAAGCAGUAG